GCGAGGCUGUGCGGUUCAGAUUCUUGAGUGGCCCGGGCAAGAGGAGCGUGGACUGCAAGGCGAUUUGCGGCUCCACGGCGCCGCCAUGCAGGUGUCCAGCCUCAAUGAGGUGAAGAUUUACAGUCUCAGCUGCGGCAAGUCCCUUCCUGAGUGGCUUUCUGAUAGGAAGAAGAGAGCAUUGCAGAAGAAAGAUGUUGAUGUUCGUAGGAGAAUUGAACUUAUUCAGGAUUUUGAAAUGCCUACUGUUUGUACCACUAUUAAAGUGUCAAAAGAUGGACAGUAUAUUUUAGCAACUGGAACAUAUAAACCUAGGGUUCGGUGUUAUGACACCUAUCAGUUAUCCUUGAAGUUUGAAAGGUGUUUAGAUUCAGAAGUUGUCACCUUUGAAAUUUUAUCUGAUGACUAUUCAAAGAUUGUCUUCUUACAUACUGAUAGAUAUAUUGAAUUUCAUUCACAACAAGGUUUUUAUUACAAAACCAGAAUACCAAAGUUUGGGAGAGAUUUCUCUUACCACUACCCAUCCUGUGACUUGUACUUUGUUGGUGCAAGCUCUGAGGUUUACAGAUUAAACCUAGAACAAGGACGGUACCUGAAUCCUCUACAAACGGAUGCUGCGGAGAACAAUGUUUGUGACAUAAAUCUCGUGCAUGGCUUGUUUGCCACAGGAACAAUAGAGGGUCGAGUGGAGUGCUGGGACCCAAGAAUUCGAAAUCGAGUAGGCCUAUUAGACUGUGCAUUAAGUAGUGUCACAGCAGAUUCAGAGAUAAACAGUUUACCAACAAUUUCAGCUUUGAAAUUUAAUGGCGCCUUAACCAUGGCAGUUGGAACAUCCACAGGGCAGGUUUUAUUAUACGAUCUUCGCUCUGAUAAGCCAUUACUAGUUAAGGAUCACCAGUAUGGUCUACCCAUUAAGUCAGUUCAUUUUCAGGAUUCAUUAGAUUUAAUUUUGUCUGCAGACUCUCGAAUUAUCAAAAUGUGGAAUAAGAAUUCAGGAAAAAUAUUUACUUCCUUGGAGCCAGAACAUGACCUUAAUGAUGUGUGCCUCUAUCCUGACUCAGGAAUGCUUCUUACUGCCAAUGAAACCCCCAAGAUGGGCAUCUAUUACAUUCCAGUUUUGGGUCCUGCUCCCAGGUGGUGUUCUUUCUUGGACAACUUGACAGAAGAAUUGGAAGAGAAUCCAGAAAGCACGGUUUAUGAUGACUAUAAAUUUGUCACCAAGAAAGACCUUGAAAAUUUAGGACUCACACAUCUCAUUGGAUCACCUUUUCUCCGGGCAUAUAUGCAUGGGUUUUUCAUGGAUAUAAGACUCUAUCACAAGGUAAAAUUGAUGGUAAAUCCAUUUGCUUAUGAAGAAUAUAGGAAAGAUAAAAUUCGACAGAAGAUAGAAGAAACACGUGCACAAAGAGUCCAAAUAAAGAAAUUGCCAAAAGUUAACAAAGAGCUGGCACUUAAAUUAAUUGAGGAAGAGGAGGAGAAGCAGAAAUCUACAUGGAAAAAGAAAGUUAAGAGCCUUCCUAAUAUUCUUACUGAUGAUCGAUUUAAAGUUAUGUUUGAGAACCCUGAUUUCCAAGUAGAUGAAGAAAGUGAAGAAUUUAGACUUUUAAAUCCACUUGUUUCAAAAAUUAGUGAAAAGAGGAAGAAGAAACUAAGACUUCUAGAGCAACAAGAACGUCGUGAACAAGAAGAAGAGGAAGAAAAGGAAGGAAAACCAAGUGAUGCAGAAAGUUCUGAGAGUUCAGAUGAUGAAAAAGACUGGGUUGAAGAGGUCAGGAAACAGCGCAGACUUCUCCACCAGGAGGAAAAGCUGAAGAGGCAGGAACAGUUCAAGGAGGACCAGCAGACGGUACUAAAGCCUCAGUUUUAUGAGAUCAAAGCAGGAGAAGAAUUCAGAAGCUUCAAAGACUCUGCCACAAAGCAGAAGCUGAUGAACAAAACUCUUGAAGAUCGUUUGAAACUUGAAGCAAACAAUGGGACAUUGAAUGUAUCGGACACCACUGUUGGCAGCAAACAGUUGACGUUCACAUUAAAGAAGUCCGAACAGCAGAAGAAGCAACAGGAGGCUGAGAAACUGCACCGGCAGGAGAGGAAGAAACUGCGUCGCCCAGCUGGCCACCUGAAGUCAAGGCACAGAAGAGGGCGGUUGCUCCACUGAAUUUGGAAAUGUCCCUGUGGAACACUUGGGGUUCAACUCCUCUGACCUCCAAAUGCUGUUUGGAAGGAGCACAUCUCCCAAACUGAUUAUCAUUAGGUAUAUUAAACAUAAAGGAGCACACAUUUUUAAAAUUCCAUGUAAAUUCUUUAUGCAUUUACAGAGAUAAAGAUUUUAUAACUUGUUUCUAUACCUUAUAUUGGGCCUUGAAACCAGGCUCACACCAACUGAUUAUCGUGAGGCCCCAAGCUGCUUUUUUGUAAGUUGUGGCUCUCUACAAACAUUCUUUUCCUUCUCCUGGCUUUAAUUAAAUAAACCAUAUUGUAAAAUGGGUACCAUGGGAUGAAAGGUUUAUCUUAUGCUGACAAAGAAGAUUAAUCAUGUUUUGGGAACUUAUUUCCCUGCAGUGCCUAUUGCCAUUCACAGUUAAACUGCCCAGAAAUGCCCUUCCUGUUUUACCCAGCAUGUGUAUACUGGUCACGUCUGGGUCUGUUUAUAAGAAUGUGAUGAUAGGUUUGUUUGCUUGUUUUGUGUCCAUUUUGGAUUUUUUUUUUUUUUUAUGUUUUUAUACCAAGAAAGUAUAAUUUAGCGGUAAUAACCUAAAACAAGAGAUGGUUUAUUGGGUAUUCUUUUAACGUGGCUCAAGAUUAAGCAUGGGUUUUUGCUGUUUCUUAAGUGCAAAUAGAGCUAAACCUGCUGGAGAAAACAUUUAUACAAAUAAAUUCUUUUCAUUUGAAUAGGCUCUUUGAGAAAGACCCAUUCCUUUAGUUAAUUUGGGAAUUAAUUUUGGUUUCCUUAGGUUUUGAGGUAUGAAAGCGAUUUUGGAGGUGCCCUUAUACAUUUUGUACAUUUCUUUUUAUACAAUUGUAAUAAUAACUCUCUGGCCUGCCAGUGAAGAAUCUGACUUGAAAUACUGUGAGCAAAAAGGCGGAAUGGACAUUCACAUAACCGUGCCGUAGAGCAUGUGUCUCUCCUCAGGGGCAUCUUGAACCAGGGAUUCAAAUUCAGUCAGAUCUCCUUUUCCCUCUUUCUUGUCUUCCUCCUGUUUCAGCAUCCUCCUUAUCUCUUUAGGUCUCCAGGUCUCUCUUUUCAUACCAUCCUCCUUUUUCCCCCAGGCUUAUCUCCGCCUGCAGAGGCUGCUUCUGUGCAGACUGGCUUGCUUCACCGGGCAGGGAACAGCUUGGUCAUGUCUGCUCUGUGGUCUGUGAGUGGGUCUGAUUCCAGAAAAAAAGCAUCUGUGGUAUAUUGUGUGUGAGUGUGUGUGUGGAUGGUGGUGUGUGUGUAUGUACAGACAUGCUAACCAGAAGGAAAUGCUUGUUGUUUGAGCAACUGAGCCAGUUUGUGUUGUAGCAUCAGAGAGUCCUCAAACUAUUUAGUCCCUGGUUACCAGCCACAUUCCUCUGUCAGUUUCUUAUCCCCUGGACUCAUCUUCAUUGCCCACCUUUUCCCAAAGGAAGGUGCUUUGGCACUCAUGUUGCUUUCUUUCUCUUUUUUCCACUUUGCUUCCUUAAGGGAUCGGGAAGGUGGAAGGAAUUAGAGAUGAGGACUGGAGCUUUUCUGGCUGGUGUUUUUUUCCCCAGGGGCUGGGUGAUUAUGCUCUUGACCUACUUCCUGAGGAAGGUUUUUCCACACCUAUACCUGGCUUUCCCAGCUCUCGCUUCCUCCUUUGAGGCACCUCCUUGUUUUAUGGGGAGCCAGUAUGCUGCAGUACUGAAUUCCAUAAGCAGUGCAGAAGGUUGGCAAAGGGAGUCCAUUUGGUAUGUAAAAAGGGUGCUCUUGGAACACUGGGGAGUCACACUGUUCUAGUUUGCUAAUGCUGUGGAAUGCAAAAUACCAGAGACGGAUUGGCUUUCAUAAAAGGGGGUUUAUUUGGCUACGCAGUUACAGUCUUAAGGCCAUAAAGUGU